AUGGCACGGUGGAUUGCCGCACAACUUCAGUUCUUCGAGCAGACCUUAAAUCGUCUGCAAACCCUCGACUCCCCACAAUCCCCGAGGACGACAACUCUGGAACAUGUGCUUAGACAAACGCAAACUUCCGCACUUAGAGACAACUCACAACCUGUCAUCAUACUGGCCGCGACGUACUUCAGGAACUACGACAAGGACACAAAGAAGCAUAUGGACAAGCCCCCGAAGAUCAAAGGUGAUCAGUCUAGGUGCUGGCGUCACCUCCUCGACAUGGAAAAGCACAGCUCUAUGCUCUUCUUGUUUGUCCUCCUCUGCACCCCGAAACUGGAUUUCCUUCCGGUGGCAGUGGUCAACCAUAGCCACGCAACCCUUCGCGACGGUGAUCACUGGUACAACCUGUGGGUUCGCGGGUGCCUGGAGAUGUAUUGCAAGGCAUCGGAUGCACGCUUGGAAGAGGUGCAGAUGUGGUUCAAGGAGAUCACAGAGACGCCCCACCAGAUGAAUGUGAAACGUGACUGUCCCAAGAACUAG